CGCGCGCAGCCGGCCCUGGCCUCGCUGGGGACGGAGGGACGUAGGCAGGGCGGCCGCCGGCCCGACGGGAGCCUGGGCCCGCCCGCCAUGGUGGAGCGACGCUUCUCCAAGUUCCUGCAGAAACUCGCCCUCUCGGGCGCCGGCCGCCAGUACCAGGCGCUGGGGAAGGACGACGAGGAAGCCUUGAUCGCCGAGCGGCACGAGCUCGAGGCCGUCGAGAAGGAGCGGGCGGUGGCGGCGCUGCCGCCCAGGGACGCGUGCGCGUGCCGCAAGGAGGAUCUGGCCGAAGCGCUCUGCGUGGACCUGCACACAGGGCUGUCGGAGCUGGCGGUGACGCAGCGCAGGCUGGUGCACGGCUGGAAUGAGUUUGUCGCCGACCACGCGGAACCUGUAUGGAAGAAAUACCUCGAUCAGUUUAAGAACCCGCUGAUCCUGCUGCUGCUGGGCUCCGCCGUGGUCAGUGUCCUCACCAGGGAGUACGAGGACGCGGUCAGCAUCGCCGUGGCCGUGCUCAUCGUGGUCACCGUGGCCUUCAUCCAGGAGUACAGGUCGGAGAAGUCUCUGGAAGAGCUGACGAAGCUGGUGCCCCCGGAAUGCAACUGCCUCAGGGAGGGCAAGCUGCAGCACGUGCUGGCGCGGGAGCUGGUGCCCGGAGACGUCGUGGCCCUCGCCAUCGGAGACCGGAUCCCCGCGGACAUCCGGCUCACGGAGGUCACAGACCUCCUGGUGGACGAAUCCAGUUUUACCGGAGAAGCCGAGCCGUGCAGUAAAACGGACAGCCCGCUGCCAGGCGGGGGCGACCUCACCACGCUGAGCAACAUCGUCUUCAUGGGGACCCUGGUGCAGUGCGGGCGGGGCCAGGGAGUGGUGAUUGGAACAGGGGAAAGGUCCCAGUUUGGAGAAGUGUUUAAGAUGAUGCAGGCUGAAGAGACGCCUAAGACCCCGCUGCAGAAGAGCAUGGGCGAGCUGGGGAAGCAGCUGACGCUCUUCUCCUUCGGCAUCAUUGGUCUGAUCAUGUUCGUGGGCUGGCUGCAAGGCAAGCAGCUCCUCAGCAUGUUCACCAUCGGCGUCAGCCUGGCCGUGGCGGCCAUCCCAGAGGGCCUGCCCAUCGUCGUGACGGUCACGCUGGUCCUGGGCGUGCUGCGCAUGGCCAAGAAGCGGGUCAUCGUGAAGAAGCUGCCCAUCGUGGAGACGUUAGGUUGCUGCAGCGUCCUCUGUUCCGACAAGACGGGGACCCUGACUGCCAACGAGAUGACGGUGACCCAGCUCAUGACCUCGGACGGGCUGCACGCCGAGGUGAGCGCCCGCAGGACGCAGGAGCCUCGCUCGCUGCGAAGGCCGGACAGGCGCCCCGGCCAGGGACGGCAGCUUUUCCACGAGCCGGAGCCUGGGAGGGGGCGCUGGGCCCCGGCACCAACAGCACAGGCUCAGACUGUCCCCUUUCAGGCAGGCUGUGUCGCCAACAACGCUGUCAUCAGGAAGAACACCGUGAUGGGACAGCCCACGGAGGGGGCCCUGGUCGCCCUGGCGAUGAAGCUGGACCUGAGCCGAAUUAAAAAUCAAUACGUAAGGAAACAAGGAGAAUUCCGUUCAGGCUCGGAGCAGAAGUGGCAUUGGCGGAUCAAGUGCAGCCCGAAGAAAGAAGACCGGGAAGACGUGUACUUCAUGAAGGGGGCCUUCGAGGAGGUGGUCCGCCACUGCACCACGUACAACCACGGGGGCAUCCCCCUGCCGCUGACGCCCCAGCAGCGCUCGCUCUGCCUGCCGGAGGAGGAGAAGAGGAUGGGGUCGCUCGGCCUGCGGGUGCUGGCGCUGGCGUCGGGGCCCGAGCUGGGCCGGCUGACCUUCCUGGGCCUCGUGGGCAUCAUCGACCCGCCGCGGGCCGGCGUGAAGGACGCGGUUCGGGUGCUCUCGGCGUCGGGGGUGUCCGUGAAGAUGAUAACGGGAGACGCUCUGGAGACCGCCCUGGCCAUAGGACGAAACAUCGGCCUGGCCAACGGGAAGCUGCACGCCAUGUCCGGGGAGGAGGUGGACAGCGUGGAGAAGGACCAGCUGGCUGAUCGUGUCUCGAAGGUGUCUGUGUUCUUCAGGACCAGCCCGAAGCACAAGCUCAAGAUCAUAAAGGCUUUGCAGCAGUCGGGGGCCAUCGUGGCCAUGACCGGGGACGGGGUGAACGACGCGGUGGCCCUGAAGUCCGCGGACAUCGGGAUCGCCAUGGGGCAGACGGGGACGGACGUCAGUAAAGAGGCCGCCAGUAUGAUCCUGGUGGACGAUGACUUCUCGGCCGUCAUGAACGCCGUGGAGGAAGGCAAGGGCAUCUUCCACAACAUCAAAAACUUCGUGCGGUUCCAGCUGAGCACGAGCAUCUCGGCCCUGAGCCUCAUCGCCCUGUCCACCGUGUUCAACCUGCCCAGCCCCCUCAACGCCAUGCAGAUCCUGUGGAUCAACAUCAUCAUGGACGGGCCGCCUGCGCAGAGCUUGGGCGUGGAGCCCGUGGACAGAGACGCCCUCAGACAGCCGCCGCGGAGCGUCCGGGACACCAUCCUCAGCCGCGCCCUCCUCCUGAAGGUGCUGCUGUCCGCGGCCGUCAUCAUCAGCGGGACCCUCUUCGUCUUCUGGAAGGAGAUGCCCGCAGACAGAGCCAGCACCCCCCGCACCACGACGAUGACGUUCACCUGUUUCGUGCUGUUCGAUCUGUUCAACGCCUUGACCUGCCGCUCUCAGACCAAGCUCAUCCUGGAGAUCGGCUUUCUCAGGAACCACAUGUUCCUCUACUCGGUGCUGGGGUCCAUUCUGGGCCAGCUGGCUGUGGUGUACAUCCCGCCCCUGCAGAGGGUCUUCCAGACAGAGAACCUGGGCGCGCUGGAUCUGCUGUUUCUCACGGGCCUGGCUUCCUCCGUCUUCAUCGUCUCCGAGCUGCUCAAACUGUGCGAGAAGUACUGCUCCCGCGCCCCGGCCGCGCAGACCGGCCCCGAGGACGAGGGCGUGUAGCGGGCCUCGCGCUGGGCACGUCCCUGAACACUCUUUGUGACUCGGCCCUUCCCCCGCUCCUCCUGCAUCUCACCCUCCCCAGAGGGACGUUCUGGGGACACGGUAGCAGUAGGUCACUCACCUGAUCCUCCCUAGGGACCCGCAAGGUGGUCCUCUGGGGGCCCCCACCUCUCCGUCCCUCCUGCCAGCUCUGGGACCUACAGGGGCAGCCUGCACGGAGACAGCGCACUAUUUAUUAAAUCAGUGAUUUUUACUAACUACGUCUUUGUGCCGCAGUUUGCUGCACGGGUCCCUUGCGGGGGCGGCCACUUCUCUGCCCAGCGUCCUUGUCUUCGGGGCCCCAUUUCCUCCUUGGAAAUGAGGGCUUGGGUAUUUAUUACCGUGACAGAUUUAGUGUCUUUCCUACAAGUGGCCGGUUGGACACCUACAGCCGUGGGCUGGGGACUGUGUGGGGACGGCCUGAGAGAAGGCCCUGGCUUUGGAGAUGUCGGUACAGG